CCUCCGCCUCUGGCGACAGCCGCCUUUGUUUAUGAGUGUGUCUGCAAAACUCACAGAAAUGCAGAGAGACACGGAGCGAGCAGCCCAACAGAGCCCCUCUUCCGAAGAUGAAGCCUUGGUUUUGAGGCAGAAGCCUUCCCCGAUGCAGGCCCGAGAGGAGGACAGUGCCUCUCUGCAGCAGUGGAAAACAAGGCAGCUGCAGCGCCUGGCUGAGGAGUUGAAGGCAGAGUGGCAGGAGGCCCGGCUGCAGCAGGUCCGACAAGCUGAGCGCCUCUAUUUAGCCCAGCUGUUGGACAAGGCAGCCGAGCGGGGAAACGACCCCGGCGUGGAUGAACAGAACCAGAGAGGGACAGCAAAACACACGAGGGCUAGAGAGAGAAACCGAGCAGCCUUCAGAGAAAAGGGCCGCAGGGAGGAGCACCCCAGACAGCACCCCAAGUCCCGGAAAAAGGCGCCAUGCUCAGAGAGACGUAGUUCUGCCAAAGCCCGGGGCCCAACCUCCGGUGAAAAGGGUAAAGGGAGACGGGUGUCUUCAAGUAAGGGCCAUGGUGGCUACCAGGGCCCUCGGGUGGCUAGAAGGGUAGAUGCGGUGAAACUCAACCCAUUCUUUGAUGGCGCUGGAGAAACUGACUGCGGGGAGGAAGUACAGAAGGAAUUCCGUGGGGGAAGGCGGCCCUCGGCAAAAGGGACUCGAUUUGCUCACAACAGAGACCAGAGUCUGCAGGGCAAAACAACAGCCCUCGAUCAGCCCCUGCUCGCUGGCCCCACCUUCAAACAAGGGGCUGCACCCCAGAGCCCCCCGAGCAAGUACAAGAAUCAGUGGCACAAAGAAAUUGAAUCUACUUUCGAAGAAUUGUUUAACACAAAUAGGAAGCUGAAGAAACAUCUGAAUUUGCACCUCGAACAGAGGCUCAAGGCGGACCGGAAUCCAGAUGACCCACAGAGCUACUCAGAUAUUCGGAGUGAGAACUUUGGAACCCUGAGAGAAGAGAGCACGGAGGAGGUAGAAACUGCAGAGGAGUCUGGGAGCCCAACGGAGGUGGAGACCUCUGAGAUGUGGUCCAAACCCAGUCUGAAACAGUUGCUGAGUGACACAGAGUACCCCAGGUACCAACAGAUGGCAAAGUACCCGUUAAAGAGCGAAAGCCUAGUGCCUGUCAGGGCGGGAACAUCUAGAGAACAAGAUGACUUAUUCUCGCUAAGCCCAGAGUCAGGACAGGAGCGACCCAAGUCACCUGCAGUGGAGGACGAAAGCCUCAAGCCUUACCUGCAGAAACAGGCAGACUCUGUGGCAAGCUGGAUGGCUUUGAGGCAAAAGCAGAAGGCAGAGUUGGAGCAGAGAAGGCAAAAGACACUUUUGGAGCUGACAGAACACCCCAACAUGAGCUUGGAGAUCCACUACAAGGCCGAGCUGGAGGAAGAGCGCCGGGAACGCAGACGGAUGCGCUUGGCCCUCCUCAAAUCUUAUUCCACUGGGAUCCAGGCCCCGGCCCCUGAACGACACAUUUCCCUGGACACCGGCCUUCUCGAUGAGGACAAACAGAACCAGAUGAUUCGUGACCUUCAGCAGCAGAUCUUAGAGCAAAACAAGCUACACCAGGAGUUUUUGGAAAAAGCCAGGAAACGCUUGCAAGAGUUUCAAAAAUCAUUUUAAAAGCAGACCCACC